AGGAAAGAUGGCGACUUCCAUGGACCUCUUUCGUCAGCUGGGAGCUGGCGCAAAAUUUGAUUUGAGGAGAUUCAAGAGUGAUGCAGAAAAGUUUCAGGUUAUAAGACGCACUGGGAAGCAGCUUCCACAGCAAGACAUCAUCAAAGCUCUGGACAUCUUUGGAAACAGCAAGAGAAGUUCAGAUGAGACCAAAGAAAACUCCAAGAAGAAACAAAAAGUUUCUGUCGGUGAAAGAAGUGGAACAGACAACCAGGAUAACCUGAAAGGUCCCGGAAGACCUGAAAAGAUAAAGGCAAUCCGCAAAAGGAACAGGAUCCAUGUACAAGGAGAGGAUAUCCCUGACCCGGUGGAGACGUUUGAGGAGCUACAGGAGGAAUACGGUCUCCAUGACGACAUCAUCCAGAACAUUAUGAGGGUGGGGUACGCUGCACCCACACCUAUCCAGAUGCAAGCUAUACCAGUUCUCUUGCAUCGCCGUGAGCUUCUGGCCUGUGCACCGACUGGUUCAGGAAAGACUGCUGCCUUUCUACUCCCUAUUCUACAUCAACUAAAGGGUCCACAGAAGAAGGGUUUCCGUGCUGUGGUAGUGUCGCCAACGAGGGAGCUCUCUCAGCAGACGUACCGGGAGCUGAUGAGGUUAUCCGAGGGUAGCGGACUCCGCAUACACACCAUAGAACAUGGAGCUAAGGCAGCACAGAAGUUUGGACCACACACAGCUCAGAAAUUUGAUAUCCUAGUCACAACCCCAAACAGACUGGUAUACCUUCUUCAGCAAGACCCUCCUGCCAUCAAACUGAAUCACGUUGAAUGGUUGAUUAUCGACGAAUCAGAUAAGCUGUUUGAGGAGGGGAAGACGGGAUUCAGGGACCAGCUCGGAAUCAUCUACCAGGCGUGUGACUCCUCUCAGGUACGACGUGCCAUGUUCAGUGCGACCUUUGCCUACGAUGUUGAGCAGUGGUGCAGGUUGAAUCUGGAUAACGUAGUGACGGUCAGCAUUGGUGCAAGAAACACAGCUAAUGACAGGAUAGAACAAGAACUCAUUUUUGUCGGGAGUGAAUCAGGGAAACUUCUUGCAGUGAGAAAUCUAUUUAGUAAGGGCUUCACUCCCCCGGUCCUGGUCUUUGUACAGUCCAAGGAGAGGGCCAAGGAACUGUUCCAGGAGCUAAUCUACGAUGGCUAUAAUGUAGACGUCAUUCAUGCUGACAAAACCCAAACACAGAGGGACAACAUCGUGAAAGGUUUCCGAGCCGGCAAGAUCUGGGUGCUCAUCGCCACGGAGCUGAUGGGGCGGGGCAUCGACUUCAAGGGUGUGAACCUCGUCAUCAACUAUGACUUCCCGACCUCGGCUGUCAGCUACAUCCACAGGAUAGGACGAACAGGGAGGGCGGGGCUCAAAGGAAGGGCAGUCACUUUCUUCACAGAAGACGAUGCAGUUCACUUAAGAAGUAUUGCCAAUGUGAUGCGUAAUGCAGGCUGUCCAGUACCUGACUACAUGUUACAAAUCAGGAAACUUUCCAAGAGAAAAAAGAAAUUGUUGGAGAAGAAUCCAGUGAGAAGAGAUACCAUCAGAACACUUCCUAAAGAUGAACUCCGCAAAGCAAAGAGAAAAACGGAGUUAAUGAGGAAGAAACAAGGCAAGAAAAAAACCCUCGUCACGGAAGGUGGCAAAGCAGAUGAGAAUCAAGGAAAUAGUCGCGCACCGGGAAGGUCAAAAAAGAGGAAAGGAGGAAAGAAAGAUGGGUCCAAGAAGGAAGGAGUGGGAGAUAGCGAGACGAGUAAAGUAUCACCGGGGAAGCAAAAGAAGAGGAAAGUGAAGAAAAAGAAGCAAAUGCCUGCAUCGUGAUUGAAGAACUUUGGUUGGGCGGUGGCAUUGAUGUAGUGGUUAUGCAUUUAUGGACUAAAAAACAAACAUGUUAAAACCAAUUCUCUGACCUUGAGCAACAUAGUGAUAUAUCUUUAAAUAACUGGUUUUAACUUCUGCUUUCUUCUAUUGUGAUAUAAAUAUGAUAUAAAUUUGCUUUAUUUCUUUAAAUUUGGAACAAAUUUCAAAAUCUAAAAUUUAUUGUUUUUCAAUCAAAUUUUUGUCCAACUUUUAGACAAUAUUCUUACCCGCAUGAUUGAUAUUGUUUUCAUAGACAAUAAAUUUAAUUUUAACAAUGUAUUAAUAAAAGAAUACUCGUGUUGCCAAUUUGAUGAAUGAUAUCAGUUCAAAUUAGCCCUAAAAAGGUUCAAACUCCAAGGGGUUAAACUGUCAUGUUCCUGAUUGCUCUGGUGAGAAUAAUAUAUCACAGGGAAUAUAUAUGUCCUUGUAUAUGUUAUACAAUUAACUUCUACAACAAUACUCUGCACCUUUCAUUCUAUUUGAUUUUCAAGUUCAAGCUUACUUUUUAACAAAAAGAGUCAUAAGGACAUUACCAAUCUCUGAUAUUCAGACAAGGAAUGAAAACUUUGAUAUAGUAAAUUAAAUUUGAUGUACUAAAACCUAUUUGUCUGUGCAUUUUUUGUUUAUCUCUUUUGCAUACAUGACCUCAUUUUCUUCCUCAACAAACAUCCAAUCAUCUCAUGUUCAUGAUUUUUUCUGCAAAAGACACUCCACUUAAGUACACAAAAAGUAAUAUUACACUGUUCUCUCUAUUUUUACCUCUAGUUUAUUCAAUGUUAGCAACGAACUACAUGCAAUGGAUGCAACAACAAUUUAUCCUGUUCAAUAUACUAUAACUUUAAAUACUUUAAAUAAUUUAUUUCUUUAAAUAAACAUAUUUUCUUAUACAGCUACAGUCACAAAACCUUGUAAGUUAUAAAUACUCCUAAUACUCUUGGACGAACGAAAGGCUUUAGAGGCUGUAAAUCCUCACAUGUUUAUAACGAUAAUUAUAGUUAUAAUACACGUUCUGAAUUAUCCACAAAAAAAUAUUUAUAUAAAUAUUAUUGCACAAUUGAGAGCCUCAGUAAUUACAUGAUAUUUGUUGUUGUUGUAAUGCAUUUGAAUAUACAUUGUAUUUUUAAAAGAAAAUUGGCAAUUCAUUCAUGUGCCUGAGUAUUAUGUUAUCAUGUGACAGAAAGUUUCCAGUAAAUUUGAAUUUUGAAUUUAGUUAGAAUGAUUAAUUCUACAUGUUCUAUUUUUUUUUACAUAGUCUGCAUAUAAAACACUCAUUGCACCGCGAGAUCAAAUACUAUUUCAUCAACUUGACAUGUUAUGUUAACAAAGAGAACUUGAAGUUAACCACGGGUUAAAUUUACUGUAGAAAAAUUAUGCAUUCAAUUUUCUUUUUUUCUUCUUUUUUACUGAACCUGGCACAGCACUUGUACUCUUAUGUAAUGUUUUCAGUCUGGAUUACAUCUAGAUAAAUACAACUUAAAUAUGAAUUUUAUUCUAUAUCAAUGUCUUAUUUAUUCCCUCAAUUUUGUUCUGUACUUCAACUUAAACCAAUUACCUCACUUGCAUACGACCUCUCCCCCAUAUAUAGUAAAGGGGUCAUUGGCUAUACGUCAUUGAUUUGCCCAGUAUAGGCCAUCAGAUUUUUUUUUUUUAAUUUAAAUUUUACUUCAAACAUAUUAGAAAGUGAUCAGGUUUGGUACAUAAGCCUGUGUAAGCCUAUUUCAAGCACAUUGCUACAUUAGAUAAGAUAACAAUAGUUGUGUAAUUUUGUUAUAACAAAGAAUCUGUUUCUUCAAAGCAAUAUGUAGUAUCUGCCAGGGGUUCUCUAUAGAGUCUCAUCCAUUUAAUCUGGUGGGUGGAGAUGCGGCUGUCGAAGCAGACGUCACACUUUGCUUAAAUUUUCUCUACAGUCCCAUCCAUUUGAUUCAGUGCGGUAGAGAUACACAUUCUAACUAGUCUCUGAACUUGUUGAACCGGAUCCUGAGGUGGAGGUGGAGUUGGAGCUGGAACGUCUGUAGCGAGCUGCAAAAUAGGAAUCAAAAGAAAGGAAAAAAAUUAUUAACAGGAAUGGGUAUAUACUCUUAGAGCUUUCAUAUUUUGGUUUAACAUUACCGGAACUUUAUUGUUCAAACUUGCAAAAUAAAGGAGAAGAUACAAUAGCCCAGGACAUUUCCAUUUUACCGGAAAAUGUAGGGCAUUAAAAGUAUAUAUACUUUUGUAUAUACAAAAAAUUAACAACAUAGUAAGGACUGAGGAGUUAUAAGUAUUCCUAGCUAUAUAUGAAAUAAAAGGAGCUAAAUAUUGAAAAUUCAUUUAAUAUAUCAACUUAAUAAAUAGGAAGGAUACAUAAUGAAUAUGAUAAGAGUGUCAUUUGGAUUCAUGUUUAAUAUUACUAAAUUCUUCAUAAAUUGUAAUAAGAUGGAACUCAUAUUAAGCGUUAUAUAAAUCCAGAUUAUUAUUAUUAUUAUUGUAUGAAGCACAUUAAUAUGGAAGAGGACACAAUGGGGAUAGAUUGAUUCGUUCCAAUGUUUCAGUUGUUGAAAUUAGGGGAAAGUGCAGGAUUCCAAAUAAAUAUCUGACUAGCAAAAACAAA